UCUAUUUUAUCAAAUAAAAAUGGCAGCCAAAACGGAUUCUGAUAGUAGCACUCCUUCUGUCCGGAGCAAAGCCGCGUAUACUGUUUUAAGGUUCAUAGGAGACAGUAUUAAAGAUGAUUCCACAAGUGACGACUCUAAAGAAAGUCUGGAAGUUGCUAUGGAGUGUCUCCAGGCUGUUUUUGGUAUGAAUUUGGACGAGGCGGAAAAUAACGAUACCUAUAAAAAACUACCGUCACUUCAGUCUUUGAUUGAAAAUGGUCUUUCUGACGACGAGAAGCACGUUGAAGCUGAAAGACUAAAGAACGAAGGUAAUACAAAGUUAAAAAAUGAGCAGUAUAAUGAAGCCAUAUCACUUUAUACAAGAGCAAUUACUCUGUCUCCUUCUAAUCCACCAUACUAUGCCAACAGAGCUGCUGCUUACAUUAAAAUUGAAGAGCUACAUAAAGCACUUGACGACUGUCAAACUGCUGUUGGCCUGAAACCUGAUUAUGCUAGGGCACAUGGACGCAUGGGUUUUAUUUACAGUAAACUAUCACGCACUCAAGAAGCAAGAGCAUCUUAUCAGAAGGCUGUAGAAUGUGAUCCCAAUAAUUUAGAAUACAAAUCAGCAUUACAGGGAUUAGUAGAGGCUCCAUCGGCAAGUCAAGCCCCGCCCAUGCCAGGGGGAGGUGCACAAAUGCCGUUUGAUAUUAACAACUUGUUAUCUAAUCCUGGUUUUAUGAAUUUGGCUUCAUCAGUAAUGUCCAACCCAAUGUUUCAGAAUAUGGCAACAAGGAUGUUUCAACAAGCCCCACCCCCUGGACAAGCUCCGCCCUUUGGUCAACAGCAACAGCAGCAGGCUCCGCCCACUGGUCAGCCAGGAGAAGGAGGAGCAGAGGCUGAUCCUAGUUCCAAUCCCAAUCCCCCACCACCUGGAGCUGGUCCCCUUCCUCCUCCUUUUCUAGGAAUGAAUUUUGCCACUAUGAUGCCACAUAUAGCUGAGAUGGGUAGACAAAUGCAGGAAAGAGAUCCAGUUGCAUUUGAAGACUUUCGUCAGCGUGCGUCCGCUCAAUUUGCUGCUACACACAACGACGAACCAACACCUCCAAAAGACAAAGACGAUAAAAAAUAGGCGAAAUAAUAGCAGCUGUGCCAAAUGCUCAGUUCCCGCCGCUUAAAUUUAAUUCCUCGUUUUGAUUUAUGUAUAACCUUUUGACUGUUUAAUAAUCUUUGUAUUGUAUGUGUCGAUUUAUUAUAAUGUAAAAUAAAGGAA